ACAGACGACCCGUUUUUCCUGGGCGACGGGCCCCGUGACGAUCGGCGGGUCUAGAUAACUCCAUUCUGUCGAGAAAGUAGCGUCUGCAAAGUCUAGCGAAACCAUCCAAGCAACCAAGCAAGCACGCAUACCAUCGUACUAGCAACAUGACUACCAACAUCGCGAUCGUUAUUUACACCAUGUACCACCACGUGGCAACCCUUGCCGAGGAGGUCAAGAAGGGUGUUGAGGCCGCCGGCAGCACAGCCACCAUCUACCAGGUCCCAGAGACGCUUGACGACGAGGUAUUGGGCAUGCUGUACGCCCCAGCCAAGCCAGACUACCCGGUCGCCACCCCAGACGUCCUUCAGGCCGCCGACGGUAUCAUAUUCGGCUUCCCAACCAGAUUCGGUAAUCUGCCAGCCCAGAUGAAGGCCUUCAUCGACUCCACGGGUGGCCUCUGGCAGGAGGGCAAGCUCCACCACAAGCCAGCCGGUGUCUUCAUUUCCACCGGUACCGGUGGAGGACGCGAAACCACCGUUGUCAGCAUCCUCUCCACCUUGACCCACCACGGUAUGAUCUACAUUCCACUGGGUACGGCCACAACCUUUGCCGAGCUCACUGACCUGUCCGAGGUUCACGGCAGCAGUCCUUGGGGUGCCGGCACAGUUGCUGGUGCCGACGGCUCCCGGACUCCGAACGCCGGCGAGCUCAAGAUCGCCCAGGUACAGGGCCAAGACUUCGCCGUCGCCGUCGCCAAGCUAACGGGCAAGACCGCCUCCGAGCCUGCUGCUGCUUCUGCUGCUGCUACUGCUGCUGAAGGCACUGCUGCUGCUCCGGCCAAGAAGGCUGCCAAGCCAGCUGCCCAAACCAAGGCACCAGCAGCCAAGGCCCCAGCCGCCAAGAAGGAGAAGAAGAAGAACCCACUCAGCAGGCUUUUUGCCAAGCUCUUCCAUUGAGCUCUUUGUGUAAGCUGUAUAAGUAAGCUGUAUAAGUAAGCCUGUGUAAGCAAGCAUGUGUUCGUCUACUUCC